GUCUGGCACCGUGGGUUUGCUGGGAAAGGGAUAGUUCAGGGAAAACUGGGGGACGCGCUGACCUGCCUGUAAAGCCUUUUCUUUUUACAUCCUUUCUGGAAUUUCAAUCAAAGAGCAUCGAUCAACAUCCAACAACGUUAUCAGAGAGACCAUGAGCAGCAACUACAGUGUCACUCUGUUAAGCCCCGCCCCCUGGGGCUUCAGGCUACAAGGAGGGAAGGACUUCAACAUGCCUCUCACCAUCUCCAGGCUGACAGAUGGUGGGAAAGCAGCUAAAGGUGGGAUUGCUGUGGGAGACAUGGUUCUCUCCAUUGAUGGCAUUUCAACAGAGGGCAUGAACCACCUGGAGGCUCAGAACAAAAUCAAGAACUGUGCCGGCAACCUCAGCCUCACUCUGCAGAAGACCUCCAGUGUUUGUAAACCCCCUCCUGUGGCCCCAAAGGGCGACAGAGCAGACAUCAUUAAACCAGUAGCCAUCACCCAUCCAUCUCCUCCACAUCACCCCCAGCCUCAUUGCUCUGUCCCCUACAACAAGGUCCCCAGACCUUAUGGGGGCUGUCCGUCACAGAGUGACUGCCCUCCCCCACCUUUCACCACCGUCAUCCCUUCCCCAUCCUCGGCCUUCACUCCCGCCUCCUCCCAUGGUCCUCUUCCUCCUCCUCGGCCCCCAUCCCCACCUCCGUUCUCUUACCCGUCCUCUGCCUCCUCCUCCUCCUCCCCAACGGUCCUGGUUCCACCCCAGCCGUCAGUGUAUAACACGCCGAUCCACCUGUACUCUGCUGAGAAUGCAUGUGAGGUGGCCAUGGGGCAGAUGCGGGGCCUGUUGGAGAGUCAGGGUGGAAUCGUACCGCUUCAGUUUAACGGUGGACCUCAAAAUGUAUUUAAAAAACCUCUGCAGCAACCACCAAGAGCUCCCAGAAAACAUGUUGUGGACACAGACAUCCAUUUUUAUCACGUGCCCACUCACGCCGAUGCCAGCAGAAAGCGCAUAAUGGAGGACACAGAGGACUGGCGUCCACGCACCGGCACCACCCAGUCCAGGUCCUUCAAGAUUCUGGCUCAGAUCACCGGCACCGAGAACGUUCAAAAUGAGGAAGCUGACUCAGCCAAGAAGACAAAUGAGGGUGCUGAGGAGCCUGGACUCAGCUCCCAUGAGUCUGCAGUUGUCAAGACUAUGAUCAAAGGAGCUGCUCCGAAAUACGGCCAAGGUUUGAUCACCCCUUCUUUUGGAAUGAAGGGUAACACCAGUUCUGUCUCGAGGAGUCCUGUACCACCCCGACCUGUGCCUCAGGCUCACCCUAAGGAUGAGGACACGCUGGUCCAGAUGGCAGAACAUUUUCCUGCUGGGAUGCGAACUCCCAUGUGUGCCCACUGCAACAUGGUCAUCAGAGGACCAUUUUUGGUUGCAAUGGGGAAAUCGUGGCACAAAGAGGAAUUUAACUGCGCCCACUGCCGCAGUUCCCUGGCCGAUGUAGGCUUUGUGGAAGAAAAGGGAUGUGUGUACUGUGAACACUGCUAUGAAGAGUUCUUUGCUCCGACUUGCAGCCGCUGCCGGGCCAAGAUACUGGGGGAAGUGAUAAAUGCCCUCAAACAAACAUGGCAUGUCUACUGCUUCCUGUGUGCUGCCUGUCAGCAGCCAAUCAGAAACAACACUUUCCACCUGGAGGAUGGAGAGCCUUACUGYGAGCAAGACUUUUACAGUUUGUUUGGGACUGGUUGCCAUGGCUGUGAGUUUCCCAUCGAGGCUGGGGAUAAAUUCUUAGAGGCACUUGGUUACACCUGGCAUGACACCUGCUUUGUUUGUGCUGUGUGCUGUGCCACUCUAGAGGGCCAGACCUUCUUUUCGAGGAAGGAUAAACCUCUUUGCAAGAAGCACGCUCACUCAGUGAAGAUAUGAACCUCAGACCUUUUGCUGUUGGAGAAUUCCCCGGCUGAAAGCAGAAUAGAUGUGAGGAUACUUACCCUGCAUGGUGGUGGGUUCCUGUAUUAGAGGUUGCCAAUGGAUGURCUGAGUUUUGACCAGUUUCUGCCAAGAAAAACAUCCUCUACUUAUAGAAUUCAAUGGCAUCAAAUAAUACUUGGGUUAUGUAAAAAUGUAAAUUCAUACACAUAUUGGGUACCUUGUACAAGAAGAAUAUUAGUAAACUAGACUCGUGCAAACAUUAACAUGCYAGUUUUAUUAUCUGUUAAACUAUAUUCAGAUUCAACAACCAGAUCAGCUGUAGUUCCAGAAACACAAUUUUUUAAUUGUGUUGCUUCGUCUUUUGGUAAUCAUAUAGCUAUAAUAUGUCACAAACUUAGAAAAUAUGAUGUUAGUGAAAAACAGAAUUUUAUUGUUUUGUAUUGUUAUUACAUUGAUGGGGUGAGUUUUUUUAUGUUUUCCUUUUAUCAUACUGUCUUAAAUGUAUUUUUUUUAUCAUAAACACAUUUCAUGUACAUUUGUGUCACCACAAAAAAGGAAUUUACUCAUGUAAAUGAAUUACAAUAUUAAAAAAAACGUAUUUUAUAAGGAAAGAGAUAUUGACUUCGGAUGAUUGAAAUCACCCUAAAAUGACGAUAUGAUACGUAUAAAUGAGUGUUUAUUUAUUUUUCUGUACUGCAUAUUUUUGAUAAGUUCUGAAUUCUGUACCAAGCAGUUUUAAAUUUGUUUUUAUUUAUUUCAUAUAAAACAAGAGAAUCUGAGAAAGCUGUUUGUUGCUUCAUGAUGUAUGCAUUGUAGCAGCAAUGGCCUGCAAUGGUUUUACUAUGUUGGUUUGCUAUGUUCAAAAACUGCUGAUAAACUGAAUGGAAUUGUUUUAUUACAUUUGAGUAUCCACAAAUCAUCUAUAUAAAUAUUUUUACUUUACAUUAAUGCUGCCUAAUGCAAAAGUUUUUCUUUUGUGGGGUGGUAGUGAAAGGUGUGUGGAGCAGCAAACUUAAACAUGAAAAAAGGGAAAAAAAGUUUAACUUCGUAUUUGCAAAUACUAAAAAUAAUCUGAGUUGUUCAAUAAAUUGCAUGCUUAACUAACUAUAACUACAAGAAAAGUCUUGYAUUUUUCUAUCUUCUUUCAGUUUUGGUUUUCUUUGAUAUUGUUUUAAAAUAAUAAACUUCCUGCCAAGGUGAAAUAAGGAAAAUAUGGRUGAUGAACUGUACUAGAUAUUGGAAAAAAAUAAAAUAUGAAUCUACUGUGAAAAAA